AUGAGAUUUGAAAGGCGUCCUAUUUUGAAAAGUAACAGAAAAGAGUCUCCUGAUUCCGGAGGAAAGCCUGGUACCGUAGCGCCAGGAAAGACGGGGUUGCAGGAGUCAUAUAGGCCACCGAAACUGAAAAGGACUAGGAUGAUCUGUACUUAUAACGCACGUACGCUUGCAUUGGAAGCGGCCAUAGAAGAUCUGAUGAUGCAAGCCAAGAAGAUUAAAUGCGACGUAAUCGGACUGACCGAGACGAGACGACGUCACUCUCUCAACGCCGUAUAUGAAACUGGAGAAGAAUUGUUCUUAGGAACAUGCAACAGUAGAGGUGUUGGUGCAGUUGGCGACAUGAGUAUGGCAAAUAACAUCGACUCUUUCGAACAACUUACGACCCGAAUCGGAGCUACGAAGAAGAAGUAUCUGGACCUGAAUAAGUCCUACCGAGAAGAUCAUGCCUUCUACAAGGCCAUAAUUGGCGAUUUUGGCAAAAUUGGAAGAACGCCUGAGGAACUUUAUAUCGGGAUCCAUGGCCUACAAUGGAAUGAACAGGGGGAGAGGAUCUACGAGUAUAUCAUGAAGACCAUCCAUGGGAACUCGCAAUUUCAGAAGCCCUCCUCUCUAUGUUGGACGUGGGAGGCACCCGGUGGAGGAGAGGCGAUAAAGGAAGACCUUAAGAAGAGAAGAGCAGAAGUGCUGGCUGAAGCUGUACAAGCAGUUAAAAGCAUCCGCUAUGUCCGUCGAGACUUCGCCAGUCGCAAGACAAGGAUGACUGCUCUCCGGAGCCCGAAAGGAACAACCAUUGCACUGAGAAGAGGAAUGGAGAAAAUCAUCCACGACUUCUACUCUGAUCUCUUCGACAGCCAUGUCCACUUGCCUCCUCGCCAUCUGAGAGAAAACGGACAUGUCAUUCCAGAGGUUCUCCCGUCCGAAGUACGACAUGCUAUCAUGUCGAUAAGAAGUCGUACGGCACCCUGUCCUGACAGAAUAAGACCAGAACACCUGAAGAACCUUCCGCCAGUACUCAUCAACACCAUGGCGAGGGUCUUUACACGUUACAUGUCGGAAUGCAAGGUUCCUAAACAGUGGAAGACCAGUAAGACCGUGUUGUUUUAUAAAAAGGGAGAUCCACAUGACAUCGGAAACUAUAGCCCAAUCUGCUUACGCACGAUUGACCACAUUCACACUGUUUCGAAACUCAUCAAGGUAUCACGCGUGUACAAGAUGCAGCUCUGUCUUACCUUCAUCGACUUGAAGAAGUCCUUCGACUCAGCUGAGAAGGAAGCGGUAAUGGAAGCUUUGGACAACCAAGGCGUCCCUACUCAGUACAUAAAGCACACCGCCAAAGCCCAUAACCUGAAAGGUCAACUGCCUGAAGGGAGCAUGGAAUCUUUGGCAACAACCAUUCGUUUCGUCACGCUGAACUGCCGAACACUAUCGAGUGAACUCCAACAAGCCGCUCCAUCCAGACUUCUGCGAUGCCUCUGUGUGUCUUUUGCUGCACUGCAGAAAACACGCAUGAGAGAUCGGCCCGUCAUCAGCAUCGGAAAUUACACCACAUACCGCGGCGAUGCUGAUGAGAACAAAGUAGGUGGCUGCUCGACAGCUGUGAGGAAUGAUUACAAGGACCUGGUGGAAGAAUUUGGCUAA